AAAACGACAGAAGAAGUGCCGUUUUAAUGGCAGUGGCGGCAAAAGAAGAAGUUCUCAAAAAUGGAACUAAUAAUUCCACACCAAUUUCUCUCCACUUCUAAGCUCAAGCAGUAGCUUGGUUUUCAAAGAAAGGAGACAUUUUUCCUUCUGGGUCUAUUGUUAAUGGAGUCAUUAACUUCUUGUCCAGAUUUCAAUCUAGGGAUUUUGAUGAGUCUCGACGACGAUACAGUCCAAGAAAUCCUCCAAAGCUACGACGGUUUCUGCGCCGCCGCUAAAUCUCUCCUCAACGGCUCCAUCGGACACGACUUCAUCUCUCACGUUCACACUCUCUGCAAACACGGCCUCCACUCUCUCGCUCGCGACUACUUCCUCAGAUCACUUGAGGAAGCCUUUGAGAAAAACGGAGCGUCGAGAUUUUGGCGCCAUUUUGAGGAUUACAGCAAAAUUGAAGAAGAUUUAGAGAAGAUUGAUGAGGAUGAGAUUCAACGAGUGCUGUGUAAAGCUUUGAAAGAAAUAUGUUUAGAAAAAGAAAAUCAAGAGAAAUGUUUGUUAAUGUUUGUUCAUGCUUUACAAUCCUAUAUGGAGAAUUUAUCUGAUGGAAAGCACAAUUUUGAUGCGGAAAAAGUCUAUCUUUUUUCAAAAUAUCAGUUAAUUGUUUCCUCAAUUCUUAUGGCCAGUCUUCCUCGCCAUUUUCCCGAGGUACUCCAUUGGUACUUUAAGGGAAGGCUGGAGGAGUUAAGUACAAUAAUGGAUGGAGAAUUGAAUGAAGAAAAUGAUUGUCGAGAUAGAGAUGAGAUGGAUUUGGAUGAAAAGAGUAAGCACAGAAGUGGUGAAAUGGAUAUUGAUGAGUGCUAUCAUCAAGAUAAGUUUCCAGAGAACAACAAGUUGGUGAGGAACAUUGGGAAGGUUGUUCGUGAUCUUAGAAAUCUUGGUUUCACAUCCAUGACCGAAGAUGCCUAUGCUUCUGCUAUCUUCUUGCUUCUGAAGGCUAAAGUACAUAAUCUGGCUGGUGAUGAUUACCGGAGUUCUGUUUUGGAUUCCAUUAAGGAGUGGAUACAGGCUGUUCCUCUGCAAUUCUUGAAUGCAUUGCUUGCCUAUCUUGGUGAUUCUAUUAGUUUUGACCAGCAUUCAUCUGGUCUCAAAUCACCUCUGGCUUCACAACCAUCUUCAUGCUGUCCUGGAACAAAUACUCCAUCAGAAGGACUCAUUAGAUGGAAAUUGCGGCUAGAGUAUUUUGCUUAUGAAACAUUGCAAGAUUUAAGGAUAGCCAAACUCUUUGAGAUAAUUGUGGACUAUCCUGAGAGCUCUCCUGCAAUUGAAGACUUAAAACAGUGUCUUGAAUAUACUGGACAGCAUUCUAAGCUGGUUGAAUCCUUUAUUUCUGCACUAAGAUACCGCUUACUUACCGCGGGUGCCUCAACCAAUGACAUAUUACAUCAAUAUGUUUCAACUAUCAAAGCACUCCGGACCAUAGACCCAGCUGGUGUUUUUCUUGAAGCGGUUGGUGAACCAAUACGGGACUACUUGAGGGGAAGAAAAGAUACCAUAAAGUGCAUUGUGACCAUGCUAACAGAUGGCAGUAGUGGUAAUCCAAAUGGAUCUGGAAACAGUGGAGAUAGCCUUCUUGAGGAAUUAAAUAGAGAUGAAGAUAAUCAAGAAAAUGUCGGAGUUGAUGAUGAUUUUAACACAGAUGACAAGCAAGCCUGGAUUGAUGCGCAACGCUGGGAGCCCGACCCUGUUGAGGCAGACCCAUCAAAAGGUAGCCGAAACAGACGGAAGGUUGACAUACUCGGAAUGAUUGUUGGCAUAAUUGGUUCAAAAGACCAGCUUGUUAAUGAAUAUCGUAUUAUGCUUGCUGAAAAACUUCUGAACAAAUCUGAUUAUGACAUUGACUCGGAGAUACGUACUCUAGAACUCCUCAAGAUACAUUUUGGAGAGAGUAGCAUGCAGAAAUGUGAAAUUAUGCUUAAUGAUCUGAUUGAUUCCAAGAGAACAAAUACCAACAUUAAAGCAACAAUUAAUAAGCAAUCUCAAAUAGAUGCAGAUGCAGAGUUGGCAGAGACUGGGAUUUCUUUGGAUAAUCUUGAUGCUACAAUCAUAUCUUCAAAUUUCUGGCCCCCAAUCCAGGAGGAGGCCCUUAUCAUUCCUGACCCCGUUGACCAGCUGCUCUCUGAUUAUGCAAGAAGGUUUCAUGAAAUCAAGACUCCUCGAAAGCUACUGUGGAAGAAAAAUCUUGGAACGGUCAAGUUAGAGUUGCAAUUUGAGGAUAAGGCAAUGCAAUUCACGGUAGCUCCUGUACAUGCAGCAAUAAUAAUGCAAUUUCAAGACCAAACAAGUUGGACCUCUAAGAAUCUUGCUGCUGCUACCGGGAUCCCAGUUGAUGUGCUGUAUCGGAGGAUAAGCUUUUGGAUCAGUAAGGGAGUUCUCACUGAAUCACUAGGGACAGAUCCUAGCAACCAUGUAUUUACCCUAGUGGACGGCAUGGUAGAUACUAGUAAGAACGGUGGUAAUAGUGGAAAUUGUGAGGAGCUUCUAGCGGGUGAUGAGGAGCCAGAGAGAUCUGUGGCUUCCAUUGAGGAUCAACUACGCAAAGAAAUGACUGUGUAUGAGAAAUUCAUCAUGGGUAUGCUCACAAAUUUUGGCAGCAUGGCAUUAGAUCGAAUUCAUAAUACUCUUAAGAUGUUCUGUGUGGCCGACCCUCCCUAUGAUAAAUCACUUCAACAGCUGCAAAGCUUCUUAUCAGGUCUAGUUUCUGAAGAGAAAUUAGAGCUCAGAGAUGGAAUGUACUUUUUGAAGAAGUAAUUAGCUGAGAUAAUCAUCUGCCAUUUACUAUAAAGUGUUUAACAAAUAGCACCGGUAAGUUUAAUCUUCGGAAGUUGAAGAAUGGCCCUGCCUGACUUGUUUUACAUAUAUAUUCUAAAAAUGCUAGGGCUAUCAUACUUUCCUGUUGGUUUGACAGGUGAACAGGAAGAAUUUGCUAAAAUUUACAGAGAUUUAGACAUCAGCGUUCAUCAUUAUAUGAAAUAUCUUUUUAAGGAUAUAUUUGGUUUUCUUAUCAUUUCGAACUUUUGCCGGUGUCUCUUGUCAACCUCAUCCUGUUCUGGAAUCAACAUGCUUCUGACAAGCUUUCGGCAAGAUAAGCCGGAAGAAAUUUUGGGUUGAUCUCAAGAAGAUUGUUCAAAUCACGCAAAUGAUACUCUUAAUGCUGCAGAAGCAACUGGUUCCAUGGUUGAACUCUCGAGGUUGGAACCCUGGUUUGAGGGCCAGAAACUACAGUUUGUAGAGGACUAAUUGAGGCUGAGGGGCCAAUGUUAUUAUUAAGGUAUCUGUUUAUUGCUGCUCCGACUCCCAUAUGAAGCAAAUGUGUUGUGAUAAUGUAAAUAUUCGGUAUAUCAUCUUUCUGAGUGUUUCCAGUACCACCAGCAGUUCCUUCAAUACAGUGAUUCUUUCUUCA